AUGGAGAAGCUCGAACAGCUAGAGGUGGGGCAUGUUGUUCUUGAAGAAAUUUCCGAUAAUAUUGGGAAGUUACAAUUUUUGAGAAUCUUGAAAUUGCAACCCACAAGAAUUUCGGCAUUGCCUCAGCUUCCAGAAAGUCUCAUCACUCUAUGUUUUCAUUCGUACUCAAUGAAGAUGUUGCCUGACCUCUCGAACCUAUUGAAUUUGAGAACAUUGGAUUUGCACUUGGGUCGGCAGCCCGAAGAUCCUCCUAUACUUGAAGAAGCUCCGAGUGAUUGGUGGAUUGGAAGAUUACGCAUGCUCGAGGAAUUGUACUUGUCUUGUCUUGAUAUCACCACCCUAUCGUCCGAUAUCGUUUUCCUUUCUCAGCUGAAGCGACUCGAGCUCAGCUGCGAUAAUUUGCAAUGCCUACCUAGACUUCCGUCAAAUUUGUCAUCCUUAUUGAUCGGGGGGAGUUCGAGUUUGAAGACAACGGGGGAUCUUUCGUAUUUGAAAUCGCUAUCGGAUUUGACGGUUAUGAGGUGUGACCAGCUAACGGAGAUUCAAGGCCUUGAAGGUUUGGAGAAUUUGAUAUCAUUGGAGCUCAAUGAGCUUUCAUCAUUGGUGGAGUUGCCUGAUUUGACUAACUUGAAGAAGCUCAAGAAAAUUCAUCUAACGUACUGUAGAAAGCUGUCUGAGAUUCGAGACAUUCCGAAAUCGCUGGAGAUGCUUGAAAUUGGGGACUAUUCAAAACUGCAAUUAUUGCCUGAUCUGUCUAACUUGAAGAAGCUCAAGACAAUUCAUCUAUGGGACUGUGAUGAGCUGUUUGAGCUGCGAGGCGUUCCGGAAUUGUUGCAGAUACUUGAAAUUGUGGGCUGUUUUAAACCGCAAGAGUUGCCUGAUUGUCAUGUUACAAGAAUCUGA